AUGGAUGGUUUUGCAGUAGAUGAUAUUGAACGAUAUUGCAAUGUAGAAAUGAUUAGUACCGCAUUGAAAGAAGAAUGUGAAUCACCCGGUGAUAGUGAAUGUGAUGAAGAAAUGGAAUUGGAUAGUAUAAACUCGCAAAUUAGCAGUGAUGUUCCCUUCUCAGAUGAUGAUGGAUCAGACGAAGACGAAUAUCCAGAAUUCAUAAGAAAUGGCGGAGAAUCCGCGAUAGAAAGUGAAAGUUAUGAUUUUGCUGUGAUGGACACUGAAAGAGAUGCGUUAUACCCCAAUAGAAAGCGAAAAGUCAAUAAAUCCUAA